ACUACCACUCCUCUCUUUGGAGUCAUCUCUGUCCUGCCUCAGUUACCAAAACGCUACGAUAAAAGAAUUAUUCCAAUCAGAUCAACAAACAAAACAAAACGCUCUCGCCAGUUUUUCCUUUUCCAUCGAAACGUUUGUCAUUAUUUUUAGAUAAUUUAAUCUUCGUUCUGUUUGUGCUUUCAAAUUUGUUAAAAACAUUCUCAUUUAAGUAAAUUUCAGUUUGUAAAUUUGAUUAAACAACAAUGCUAGGUGAUGGAGAAGACACUCCUUCCAGAAUUUUGUGGUUUGUGUGUGCUUUUUAGGCAUGAAUUGUUGAGUAUGGUAAAAAAGCACUCAAGAUUAUUAAUAAAAAGUACGGAGCAGGAAGUCUCUGCUACAGAUGUAGAAAUGGAUUUAUAUUUCUGGUAUGAUAUGUUAGAUUUAUACUUUAUUCGUGGAAAGGAGUCAAGAGGAAGGCAAGAUGAUGAUCUCGUAUUUUUUGUCAAGACAAUGGGCACCGAAGGAUAUGGGUUUAACGAUAAUAUGCAGGGCGUUUCUCCUUACUUUGUACGCAGGUGGGCACCUAAGUUGGAUAAUUUGAUCAAAAACAACUCAGAGGUUGACUGGAGGCGCUCAUUUUACUUGAAUUUAAUUGCACAUACUUCAUUCACAGUAACAGUAGCAAUAUGCAGUCAUCAAGUCCUCCGCAAUCAUCAAACUGGAUCAGAUACACCAUUAUCACCCAUAUACAAGGUUGUAAAGACUGUUUAUGCAUCACCAAGUCGUGUAAAUUUUCUUUUAGACUCAAAGAAGGAAGUUGAGACAACUCCUGCCUAUCCAGAUAUAUGUUUUGCAGUUGAUGAUUUUGAUUCCACUUUUGAUGCAGUGGUCCUGACGGGUACAGAUCAUUGCUAUUGUGUUAUUUUAAAUGCACACGGUGGAGCAGCAUUUCCUAGUGAAAAAGGCUCGCAUGAUAAUAGUUCUAAUAGUGAUUCCCCUCUGAAAGUGAAUACAAGUUCUGGGAAGACGAAGAAUUCUAAGCUCACUCUUUUCUCUGGGUUUGUGAGCUAUCCAAUGGUCCGAGAAGCAUACAAUGCUGGGAAGUCUCGAUUUGGAAAUCUCCUUUCACUUGGUCAUUCCACUGGAAAAACUGAUAAGCUUUACAUGAAAGGCCCAGGAGGACGAGGAGAGGUUGAAGUUGCUGUUUCUGGUGUUGCAGAUCAAAGCCAGCAGGAUUUUGGUCCUUUUUCUCCAGUUACAUCAAAAGGAGGAUUUGGCAUUGGUUCAAUUGUUCGAAAAGCUGCAUCUGCUGCUUCAGUGGCAGCUAAGCAUGCCUAUGCAGCUGCUUCCUCCACAAGUUCUGAUGAGGAAAUGGUGCCUCUCAAAUGUUGCCUUAUGUCUAUAUCAUUACCCUGGGAACACAUUGCUUGUGAUCUUUUGUUUAAGGGAAGUCCUUCCGUGAACAUGUGAAUAUCUCGUUAUAUCUGUCACCUAAUUAUGCAGAUCAGAUGUCUAUCCUGCAAGCAGGAAGUUCGGAAGAAACAAUUUGGUAGUGAAGAACUAAAGCCUCGCAGACAUCUAGAUGUGAACAAAGCUGUACGUGACAUUUCAUAUUUUCUUUCACUCUUUAUCUGCAUUUUGCUGUGUUGCAUCGAGUACCAGGUUCAGAUGUUGGCUAGGCUCCUUUUUCUUGUUUUACUUUCGGAGUUGACACUGGCUUCUUUCUAUCAUCUAGAUCAACUUCUAGAGUAUUAAUUUGCUGAAUAGCGAAAGCUGUAAAGUUAAAUGCUUUCUGAACCUUACCAGUUAGAUAUAGAUGAAUGCUGCCACAAUAUUUGCGAUGGUUACUGCAUACCAAUUGUUUCAAAACAUACAAAUUGGUUAUCAGUUGUAAAAUUCGUGUAGCUUUUACUAAGUUUUUAGUGUAUUACCUGUACCAUUUGCGUUUUGGCCCUCAGUGCCAUCUGCAUUAUUGGGGAUUGCUAACUGAGAAUUGGGAGGAAUGUUAAACAUCUUGGCAGCGCUCUA